AUGUUACACAAGAAGCCAUUCAACAUCUACAUCCUGCAAAUUCUUUUCACUCUUAGUGAGAGUAUCUUGCGGGUCUUUCUCUGGAGCUUAAACCGUUUGCUGGGGUUAUUUAUUCUGACUACUCCAGAGAUGGACCACCUGCCCACAGUUGUCCUCAGCACAGCUCUUGUUCUGCCUUAUUUGACGUUAUUAUUUGCAACCCUGCCCUUUGGCCUCAUUGGCUUCGUCUUGCGAUGCCUCUUGCACCAACUUCGUCAUCCUUAUGUUUACAGCUAUCAAAAGCCCGUGUUCCCUCUGUCCAAGCACGUUCCAGAAACUGUAGCUAUUACAACUUCUAAUAUCUGCCUUUUGCCUGAAUUUUUGUCACGGUAUAACAACAUGUUAGACACUGCUGGUCGAGCAAGAACAAUUGGUGAGCGUUUUGUCUGUGAUGAUUACCUCAGCGCCAAAAAGAGGGACAGAAUUGAAACAAUUGGUGCUGCAAAGGCAAAUGGACCGAGCACCAUUUCCAGCAAGAAUAAGUGUGAUAAUUUUCCAAAGACGGAACGGCAUCACUUUAACUGGAACCAAAAUACCAGCAGUUCUGAUUACAAAAAUUCUUUAAGGCAGAGAACGAAUGCAGCUAACACAGAUUACAUGGAAUUUACUCGCAGCGUUGUGACCAACUUUCCCCAAUUGGAUAUUGUCUGUUUCCAGGAAACAUGGGACAGAGAUUUUGCUAAGAUUCUCCUUGAUAAGAUCCAUUCUGUGUUUCCUUAUGUGGUUUAUGAUGCUGGAUCAUGCAAUUCUCAGAGUAAUUUGUUCAUGCUGAACAGCGGCCUUAUGAUAGCAAGUAAGUUCCCCAUUGAAGAUGCCGAUUUCAAGUGGUUCCAGGCAUCCACACUUGCCUGUAGAUUUAGUGCAAAAGGCCUUCUCAUGGUCAAGGUAUUUUUAGGUGAAGAAAAUGGGAAACGUGCUGUGGGAUAUAUUUACAAUACACACUUACAAGCUUAUGAAGGUGAAGCUCGUUUGCAAACACACCCAAUUUAUAAUUUUUAUGAAGACAUUCCCCGUGCUGGUCCUGGAAAAGACCAUUCCUGGACUGUUGGCACAGAACUGCGGCCACUCUUGCUCUGGGACAAAGCCAUUUCAACACCCAUGGGAUUGAAGAGAGUUUUAGAAGAUUCCCAUUUAUGCCACAAUUUUGUAAAUGAUGCGAAUAUAGUAAAGAAAACAAUAUCAGAACUUUGUCACACAUUACCCCAACUUGAUGAACAUGGUGAAAUGAAGAUCAGCCCUCAUAUUGCUGGUAAACGCCGGAUAGACCGUGUUCUCUAUCGAAAAAGUGACUGUUUGACACUGAAAGCUUACAACUUUGUCACUCGAUUGGCUUCACUCACUGAUCACAUUCCAGUUACCAUGACGAUCUACAUUCCUAGUGACUCGUAA